CUUCUCCUAGUUUAUUGUCUCCUCUAUUAUUAUUUUUAUUUUCAUUGUAUAAAUCAGCUUCUUUUUUUUUGGCCUUUAUUUUUUUUGUUUUUCGUUAUUGGCUUUCUUUCCUAGGAGACAUCCAUGAAAAAAAAAAAAAGAAAAAAAGUUGUUUUUAUCAAUUUACUUCAAUAUGGGCAUAGAAAAUUAUGUUUGAACACCAAACUUUGUCUAGAUUCUCAUAUUAUAAUAAGAUUUUAUGCAACUAUCUAUAGCAAAAGCAUUUUGGUUGAUAACAUUAGCAAAUAAAUUAUUAGAACCCAACAAAACAGGCCAUCUUGAUAACAUCAGCAAACAACAUUUCUUGGAUAUAAAUUACUGUCAAAUAUAUGAUUCAGUAUUAUGAUUGGGAAAAUGGUUAUCAUAGAUGAUAAUGCUUCCGAAUAAGAAAUUAUUAUCUUUCUUGUUCUUGUAUCUUUGGCAUUACUCGAUAUAUAGAACUUGGUGAUGCUUGUGUCUUAGUAUGAGAGCCCAGAAAUUGAUCAUUUUUGCAUUUUGUCAAAUGGAGGAUUCUAUGUUCUAUUUGGCGGACUUGAGCUUUGGUGUAGUUCAGGAAAAAUUUGUCUCUGCUGACAGUUAUUUGGAUGGUAUGAAAAAUGUUCGGUCAUAUGGAGGAGAAGAUUGGGAUUACUCUGGAAAUACUGAUUCCCAUUUCCCUGAGCAUUUUUUCUAUAAUGAUGACUCUGUAAUGGAAGGUUGUGUUUUUUCCAAGUUUGAACUCCAAGAAGAUAAAAAAGUUUCAAGCUCAGAAUAUGGGCUACUUGAUGAUGUUCAGUUUGAUGUAGUUUCUCCACCACUUCAUAGAUGUAUAGAGGAGAUUUCAAAGCUUGAUGAAAUCCAAAAUCCGAUUCCAAAAGUUGAAGCUGCAAAGAAAGAAAAAGGAAAACCUUUUCCUUUGGCUGGACUUGAGCUGUUGAACAAUUACGGAAGUGGGUUUAAAAGAUUGAACGGAGAGAGAAUCGUUGAGCCAAGCAACAACGAAAUAGCGUGCGCGAAGGAUGAUGAAGGAAGGGAAUUAUCAACUGAAGAAAUCGUAAGGAUUGCAGGCACAAGGUUCAUCCAAUCCUCUUCACAGGAAGUUGAUGUUGCCUCCAUGGUUAACCAUCCUUUCGAAUCGUCCUUCUCUGGCCUUUCUGAUGAAGAUAUCAAAGAUGUGGAGCUUGUGGAAUUGCUUCUUGCUGCUGCUGAGAAAGUUGACUAUCAACAGUUUGAGCGGGCGGGCAAGUUACUCAAUCAGUGUGAUUCCUUGUCUAACAAUACAGGUAAUCCAGUUCAAAGAGUAAUUUACUAUUUUUCUGAAGCUCUCAGGCAAAAAAUUGAUAGAGAAACAGGAAGAAUCACAUCAAAAGGUAUUGAAGAGAAAAUACCAUUUGAUAUUGAAGAAGCAAUGAUGAAUAUGAGCACCACAAAACUUGCAUACCACAUGAGGCUUCCAUUCUCUCAAGUGGUACAAUUUGCAGGAACUCAAGCCAUUAUAGAAAAUGUUGGUGAAGCAAGAAAAAUUCAUGUGAUUGAUUUUGGUAUCAGAAAUGGCGUGCACUGGACUGCCUUAAUGCAGGCCCUUGCAUCGCGCAGUGAAUACCCCCUUGAGCGUCUCAAGAUUACUGCUGUAGUAACCAAGUCAAAACAUUUGAUUGAGAAUACAGGACAGACGUUAGUGAGUUUUGCUCAGACCAUGAACAUACCCUUUUCUUUCAAGAUAGUUCUGGUGUCAGAUAUGGUGGAUCUUAAAGAAGAUCUUUUUGAAUUGGAUGCUGCAGAAGCAUUGGCUGUGCAUUCGAAGUUUUCAUUAUGGGGCAUGAUUUCUCAGCCUAAUCAACUUGAGUCUGUGAUGAGAGUGAUCAGAAACUUAAAACCAUGUGUGGUUGUAGUUGCUGAAGUUGAGUCAAAUCACAACUCGCCUGUGUUUGUGAAGCGUUUCAUUGAAGGUCUUUUCUUCUAUGGUGCAAAUUUCGACUGCUUCGAUGCUUUUAUGAAACGGGAUGAUCCAAACAGAAUGAUUAUUGAAUCAAAGCUCUUUGGUUAUGGAAUCAGAAACAUGGUGGCAACUGAAGGAGAGGAAAGGAAGACACGACAUGUGAAGAUUGAUGUGUGGAGGGCAUUUUUCUCGAGGUUUGGAUUGGAGGAGGAAGAACUUAGCUCAUCGUCAUUGUAUCAAGCAAAUCUGGUGGUUAAGAAUUUUCCUCAUGGGAAUUCUUGCACACUUGAUAAGAAUGGAAAAUCCCUGUUAAUUGGGUGGAAGGGUACACCACUUCAAUCUCUUUCUGUCUGGAAAUUCCUUUCAUAGUGAUAUAAAGGAAUCAAUCUUCAGAGCCGCCUUCAUUUUUAAUAGGUUCAGCUUUCGGUUAUCUUACACUACUCCAUUAUUAAUACAUAUUAGAUGUGUAUCUCUGGUUUAGUAUUAUGGUUAGGAACUUUGCAUGUGAUAAAUAGUAUAAUUUUCUUGUGAAACAAACUUUGUUUCCAAAUCCCAUUUUACAUUCCCUUUUCUCGAGCUAGUGAGCUUAUUAUUCUUCAAGACAAUGGUUAUGCAGCGUCUGCAAUAUGGCUAGUGAAUUUGCUAUAGGAUUUGACAUAAUGUUUGAUCAUAACAAACUAAGUGUACCUGUUAUCAAGUUUGCGCCUUUGAUAUUUUUUACAAUUCCUAUGGGAUUUGGCCAUAAUGUUUGUUUGAUCAUAACAAACACAUUAAAAGUGUACAUAAUCUGUCUCAUAUUAUCAAGUGUGUGCCUUUGAUAUUUUUUCAAUUUUUUCAUAGAGAUAAACCAGUUGUCUAUUUGCUAAGAACUUCAAGAAAGUGAAAGUAGACUAGCGAAGCAAAGGAUGUAGAGAAAGAGAACAAGGAAAGUGGGAAAAAAAAAAAAUCAAGGAGACAAGCGGGGAGAGAAUGCAGAGAGAAGGUAAGGAGA